AGAGAGAGAGAGAGAGAGAGGGAGGGAGGGAGGGAGAGAGCAGGUCUUCUAUGUGUUGGGAGAUGACAGAGACUUAACUGAUCUGCCGGAUUGUACUCGGGAGUCGCCAUGUAUUUCGGUAAUAUGUGUCAGGCAGCUCUGCCGCCGCUGGCCCGGCACGCGCCAGGCAGGGCCCCGCCCUCCACCGACCUGAAGCCCCUCCUUCCCUUCCGCCUGCUGCCCAGAUUCAAUGAGAUGGACCACACUCAUAAAGUGUUAAUUGGUCCGAGCUUUGGGCUAGCGGCACCCCUGAAGAGGAGGUCCAGCUCUUGUGGCGUUUGCCGACUCAGGUUCAACUCUGAGGUGCAGGCUUCACCCCUCCACAGCGGCGCCAGAUAUGCCAAGAGGCUCAAAACGUCGGACGCCCCGGAUGCUAAGAUCGGGACCUCCGAACCGGUCGCCAAGGAAACCACGUCGCGAAUCCUCUCAUCGCCCUGCUCACAACCCUGCAGCUCCGACACGGCAGCAUCAGGAGAUUCACCAGCACCUCCCGCUCCACGAGAGAUGGAGCCGUCGAGCAGUGGCUCAUCUGAGGCCAUGUUAAAGACAUCUACUGACCCUCCCCCAUCACCCUCACCCAGGACAGAGAAAGACCGGCAGGGGGAAAGAGAGGGGGAGGCAGAGGCAGGGGAGGAGACGGAGGAAGCGAAAGCUAUACGGCUCCUCUACUGCUCCCUUUGCAAGGUGGCCGUCAACUCUGCCUCCCAGCUGCAGGCCCACAACAGCGGUACCAAGCACAAGACGAUGUUGGAGGCGCGGAGCGGGGACGGAGCCAUCAAGUCCUUCCCCAGGUCGGGUGUCAAGGCCAAGCUGGCUGCUCCCUCUGAGGCGUCGACCGGACUCCAGAACAAAACGUUCCACUGCGAGAUCUGCGACGUGCACGUCAACUCCGAGACGCAGCUCAAACAGCACAUUAGCAGCAGGAGACAUAAAGACAGAGCUGCAGGUAAACCAGCCAAGCCCAAGUUCAGCCCUUACAAUCCAACCCCGCGCCAGCAGAGUCUCCAUGCGGUUCGCCUUGCUCUGAGGAAGGAGCAGGACUUGACCAAACCGCUGGCCUCCUGUCUGAUACAGCGUCAGCUCUCCGUCGCUGCUGCCGCUGCCAUGGCGUCCCUGUCCCCCUUCCACCUGCGGCCCACCUCCGGUUCGAGCCCGGCCCUGUUUCAGCCGCGGCCCCUCCCCCAGGCCCUGCUGCAUCCGGGCCCCGGACCAAUCUGUUCCACGCACACACCUGUUCUGUUCGCUCCUUACUGAGCCAGCCUGCAUCACAAUCAGCAGUGAGUUAUGGCUCCAUCUGACCCGAACCAGAUGUGAAUAUUGGAGCCACUUUUCACAUACGUACACACACACACACACUGUGCGUCCAUGUGACCCACAGUAUGUGGGAAGACUGUCUGUCUGGACCAAAAACCGGGCUUGCCUGGAAAUACGAAGAGGACAGGAAAAGCGUCGAACCAGUAUUUUAUUAUGAGCGAGUGCUUGUGUGUGUGUGUGCGUGCACGCGUGUGCACGUGUAUGAGUGUGUGUGUGUUUGUAGGUGUGUGUGUGUGUGUGUGUGCGCCAUGUGAUGUGUGUCGGAUCAUGUAAAAACCUAGCCAUUGCAGAAGUUUAACUCGUCGCUGCACGAUCCCCGGGACGCUGCUGCGCUCCAAACGGAGGCCGAAAAAGGGAUUUGACGAAGAGGAGCCGACCUUCCUCUUAAGUCGCGGACACGAACACCAGUCAUUCAAUUACAUUCAACAUAACAGUGGGUGAUGGAUAUCUCUCCACCGGGUGCGGCAGUCGCUGUGCGAGCUGAACGGAGAGUCGAUGAAGA